UGUGUGUGUGUACAAGUGGGCUAUGGAUAUUGUAUAGAUCUACAGUUUAUAUAAAUCAAUGUCCAGUUGUUCAUAAAAAGUCAGCAGCAUGAUGAAUGGGAGAUAAUAUUGAGUGGAAAAUGUAUCUAGAUUUGAUAUCAGUAUAUUGCAUAAUAUUAGUAUUAUUACUGUAUGACGUCAUCAUUUCAUUCUGCAGCCUUGGAUCCAGUGUGUUUGGUCCAUCGUCUGAGUUUGCAGCUGCGCACACUUGUCCAACAUAUACAGAAUGAGUCAGUGUCAAGCUUGUCCCUAUAAAUAAAAAAAAAAAACAUACUUCCGCUACAUACUUUUCAAAAUAAAAGCCCUGACUUUAAGACACAUCCAUUGUGUGCACACCCUGCUUAAAUGUUUCGCUUUUAUUAAGACAAGCACAGUUUGGUUUCCGGUCUUAUAUUCUCACUCUCCCUUGGUGUUUUUUUUUUUUUUGACGCACAAGAAUGGAAGCGUGUAAUGAAAAAUGUCAUGUUGAUGCAGAGACUGAAUAGAGUCAUAUAUAUAUCAUCCGAGAGAAGAAACGGGUGGGUCUAACCCAAAAUACCCGUCAUCCUCCUACAAUGGGCUGUGGUGGGAGAUCGGCUCGACUCGGAGAAUCGCCUUGCAGCUGUUCACAGAGCCGAAGAUAGGAUCAAGACGAGUCCGUGCCGGUGGCCUGACGCGCUUUUUUGUCUCUGCUGCGCUCCUCGGCUCGGUGCCACCGUGCGUAAAUGCGGUCGAAGGUGCACUUUAAAUGUUGAAAUUCAGCCUUUUGUGUUGCAUCGUGGUCGUGAAUCGGGUUUCCUCACAGUCCCUCUGAGCGGAUGGAGUGAAUUGUGCAAAAAAAAAAAAAAAAAAAAAGAAAAGGGACCCGCAGUUUCGGUUUUCCCAGUGUGUGAUGAUAGGAGACACAAUGACGCUCUUGUCUCUUCUGGGUCGGAUCAUGCGUUAUUUUCUCCUCAGGCCGGAGACUUUGUUCCUGUUGUGCAUCAGUCUGGCGCUGUGGAGCUACUUCUUCCACACCGACGAGGUGAAAACCAUCGUCAAGUCCAGCCGGGAUGCCGUGAAGAUGGUGAAGGGGAAAGUGGCGGAGAUGAUGCAGAACGACCGGCUCGGAGGCCUCAGCAUCCUGGACGCUGAGUUCUCCAAAACCUGGCAGUUCAAGAACAACAACGUGGCCGUGUACUCCAUCCAGGGGAGGAGAGAUCACAUGGAGGAUCGCUUCGAGGUGCUCACCGACAUCAGCAACAAGAGCCACCCGUCCAUAUUCGGGAUAUUUGACGGUCAUGGUGGAGAGGCUGCAGCUGACUAUGUGAAGGCUCACCUGCCAGACUCCCUGAAGCAGCAGCUGCAGGCCUUUGAGAGGGAGAAGAGAGAGAGCUCAAACACUUACGGCAGCAUCCUCGAGCAGCGCAUCCUGAAUGUGGAUCGUGAGAUGCUGGACAAGCUCUCUGCCAACCACGAUGAAGCAGGAACGACAUGUCUAGUAGCGCUGCUGUCAGACAGAGAACUCACAGUGGCCAACGUUGGAGACUCUCGCGGUGUGUUGUGUGACAAAGAUGGGAAUGCUGUUGCGCUAUCACACGACCACAAGCCGUACCAGCUCAAAGAGCGCAAGAGGAUCAAGAGAGCAGGAGGAUUCAUCAGUUUUAAUGGAUCCUGGAGAGUCCAGGGGAUCCUGGCUAUGUCCCGCUCUCUAGGGGACUACCCGCUGAAGAACCUCAACGUCGUCAUCCCCGACCCCGACAUCAUGACCUUUGACAUGGACAAGCUGCAGCCAGAGUUCAUGAUCCUGGCGUCAGAUGGCCUGUGGGACGCAUUCAGCAACGAGGAGGCCGUUCGGUUCGUCCGCGAGCGCCUGAACGAGCCUCACUUCGGCGCCAAGAGCAUCGUCCUGCAGUCUUUCUACCGCGGCUGCCCCGACAACAUCACCGUCAUGGUGGUGAAAUUCAAGAGUGGAGCUGGGGGGAGCAGCAAGGGGGGGGAAUUAGGUCAGGGUCAAGUUUAGAGCUCACAGUGUGCUUUCAAUGAUGGAGCAGCGAGUGUGAUAUCUGGAGGGAAUUAAAGUAUGGACACUGAGAACUGUACAAGUGCACACACACACAUACAGACAUACACACACAUGCAAAAACACGUAAAAAAAAAUAAAGUUUUGUUUUGUUUGUACGUU